AUGGAGGAAUCCUUUUUCAAUGAUGAUAAUUUAUAUAUUAAGGAUUACAUUGAUAUUGAUGAUCUAGGGCUGAAUGACGACGAUGCCCUUGAAGCCCUUCCCCUAAUGGAUGCGAUCCUUAGAGAGGAAUUUACUGCUGUGGAAGAUGGAUCUACUAUGGAAGAUAGACCUAAGAUACCAACUCCACUUUCAAUUAAAGCAAAGGGUGGUCUUACAGCAUUAGAAUUUAAACAUGUUGCUGAGCUUCCUAAGUAUCCUCGGUCACAUGAACAAGGCUAUGCUUAUUUGAUCGAUCUUAAGGGUAUUCCAGAAGAUGAGAUCUCUAAUCGAGUUAACGCACAUCAAUAUUCCCAUUUUCGCUGUAAUGGGAGUCAUAUUAUUUAUAGCCCUGUUCUUAGCUAUAAAGUUGAGAAACGAGUUAUGCAGUGCUCUAGGAGACUUAUGAUGCUAUUUAGCAACAAGAUGCAAGACAGCGUGUCUAUACUAAUAUAA